AUGGUAAGGUCAUCAUAUGAACAUGAUGAAAAUGAUACAGUCAUUCAAUACAUUCAAUCAUCAUUCAACAACACAAAAGACAUGAUUAAACUUUACGAGUAUGUUGAAGACAACAUAUAUGAACAUGGAAACAAAACUAAUGGAUACAUCAGUACAUCAAUGCUACCAUUUCCAAUGGAUAUCAUUGAUAUUCAAAAAUGGAAUGAACUUAUCGAUCAUUGCGAUGAAAAUUAUAUUCCAAUGCUUAAGUUUUGUAUGAAUAAAGGGCAUAUACCAUAUCUUUAUGAUUAUGAUAACUAUGGUUCAGAGGGAUACAAGUAUGGCCAACCAAAAAUUGUUAAAGGAUUUGUUGAUAUUACAAAAGACAGGUACAAAAAUAAAAUGAUAUCAGAUAGAAUAUUAUUUGAACGUGAUUUUGAGCCAAUACUUGAUCAUUACUCAAAUACUAAACCAUAUAGAAUUCCUUCCUCAUUCAUUCAUUCUUUGAAUAAAUGGAGUAAAAUAGCCAUUAACAAAGAGUAUAACGAGCAGGAAUAUAUUGACUAUUUCAUUUCGAACGAUUUUCCUCUAAAUCGCUUGAGAACUUGUUUAGUAGAUUUAAUCAAAGAUUUACCUAAAUUAUAUAGUCGCCAAAUAGAUGAAAAAGAAAAUAACGAACGUUUGAUUGAUUACAACUAUUUAUUGCAAAAACAUUGCGCAAAGUUGAUUAAAAUGUGUGAGCAAUACUUGGAACAACAGGCUAAAAACCUUAAGGAAUCUUUAACACUAUAA